GACCGCUUGUAUUAGGGUAAACACUUGACAAUAACCUGUGUUGCAUUGUCAGAAAUCUGAAUUACGUCCAGGGAAAACACCAAACUACCAGCAUGAAACGAUGGGUGAAAACCACGGUUGUUGCUCUCCUUGUGUUUGUCCUUGUAGUAAUCGGUAUGUUGGUGUUUGUGGCAGUCGAGAAAGAGCAGAAAUUAACAUACGGGGAUUCUUUCGACCUCUGUAUGCAGACGAUAACUACGAUAGGUUUUGGCAAUCAUUACCCUCAUACGGCCGGCGGUAGAGUCUUUUGCAUCUUUUUCGCCAUAAUUGGAAUUCCUCUCAACUUCUAUUUACUCAAGCUGGUUGGCCAACACAUCUUGGACGGCGAGAAACACCUAAUCACGAAGUUAGAGUCACGUGUAUUCCACCGAAAUCCUCGAUAUCUACACGAAAAAUGCCUCCUCGCAGGAAUCCUGCUGAUUAUGACUCUUGUUUUCAUCGGUGCUGGCAUACAGGUUUCUAACUCGGGAUGGAAGUUUAUUGAUGGAGUUUGGGCCUAUGUUAUAAUAUUCACAACGGUCGGGUUCGGAGAUUUAAUUCCUCAUCACGACCAGAAAAGUAAGCUAAACAUGGUGCUGUUCCUGCCUCUAUAUUACACACUGGGUUUAUGCGUUGUGUCAAGCACUGUGCAGGCGGCGCUUGGAGUAGUAGACUCGGUGAAAGCUGUUAAAAGUAUGUUUGGCUAUCGAGAAGUUGUGAACGAGAGAGAAGAGGGAACUGGUGACCAGGACGGACAGUUAUGAGCGCUAUCUUUAUUGAUAUGUUGAGAUCAGGUUUGCAGCACUUGUUACUGGUGCUCUGAGAGCGAAAUGGUGGCGUUCGUUUAAAUCGUGUAAUUAUCUGUUGUUUAAUCCUUUUGAUCUUAGGUCAUCGUGUCUCGCGAAGUAAAAUAGCCAAAAACCGCAAAGAUACAGUGUAAUGUUGGUGAUUUUGUUUAGCUUUAAUCAAAGCAUAAAUGUUAAUAUUAAUGUUAUAAUAUUGUUUUUUUUUAUUCGAAUAAACAAAUAGAUGUAA